AUGGAGGAAAAACAUUCGUCCAUUUUCUCCACCAACGUUCCUUGUAGGAAUGAAAUGAUUCACGGAAGAUGCCCUUACAUUGAUAAAGGAUGCAUUUUUCAGCACAAAUCGCAGAACGCUUCACCUAGUGAGGAUUGGAAGUCUUCACGAAAACCCGAACAAACACCUCUCGCUUCAGUUACUUCUUCCAGUCGACUCAGCGUCAAUUCCCCGUCUUUCACUCCGUCCUUGGUCGUCAAGCCCGCAGAUGCUCCUUCAGCCAAUCGCCAAAAAGAAUUUACUCCAUUGACGAAAGCAAAAUCCUAUUCUUCUGCUUUAUCAUCUGGAAAAAAUGGGGUUGCUACGAAUCGAGUGAAUAGUCCUCCCAAGACAAUUUCAUUGACUCCUUCAAGUUCCAGGGGCGCUGCAGAUUCCCCAGGAAAAUUAAAUUUGGCUCGUAACGCUAUGCCUUUUUCUCCUAAGGCUACUUCCUUGUCUCUUAAAGAUCGCUCUAGUAUGUCAUCGUACCCUUCUGUGAACGCACCAUCUUUCUCAUCGGCAAAAGGAGCUGUCCCUGCUAUUUCCUCACCAUCUCCCGGUUUGUUGCCUUUUCCUUCUCAAGUGCAGCCAAGUAAUUAUUUAAGCCCAUCUAUCACUGGAUCAGAGCAGGUUCAAGGUGUUGAGUUAGAUCGUCAUAUCAUAGCUAAGUUUCCGCCUUUUUUUCAUACUAUGAACGAUUCAGAGAAGAAAAAAGUCGAGACUUUUCUCGCCGAUGACUUUCAAGGUUGGCUUUUACAUCUUUCCAGAGAGAAUUUUCUGUUUUCUAGUUCAUCAAAAUUGCCAACUCAUAUUUUCUCUUAUCACAGCUUGACCCCUCGACGUACCAUAACUACUUCGCUUCCUAUUUUGGGAUAUCCGGCCGCUAUUUACAAAGUAAUUGAUGGAGAUAAUGGAAAACCGUAUUUAUUUGUUCAAUUACAAAAGUUUCAGUUGCUACGUGAUAAAGAUAUUACGAAUGUAGUACCAUGGACAAAAAUCCAUUCUCCUUACAUCAUGGAAAUCAGAGAGGCAUUUACGACUCAUGCUUUUGGGCAACCGUCAAUCGUAUUCGUUUACGAAUACUCUCCUUCUUGUCCUUCGCUUUAUGACUUGUUUUUCUCUUCUCCGGUAUUCCGUAAAAAAGCUGCAUCUUUCUAUUUCUCAAAACCGUUGAUAAAUACCGAAAAAGUGCUUUGGAUAAUUGCCAGCCAAUUGAUUGGGGCUUUAUACACCAUUCACUCCGCUGGCAUGGCAGCCAAAAUGAUUACGGCCAAAAAUGUUUUGAUGGUAGGGAAAUUACGAGUAGCAUUAUUUGGUUUGGGGAUUUAUGAUGUGAUAUCAGAGUAUCCAAACACUUCUUUAGAAGAUUUUCAGGUGGAGGAUUGUCGAAAUCUCGGUCUCUUGCUUUUAUCUUUGGCAUCUGGCAUUGAAAAUAUAUCCAUUGCGACAGCAAGAGGUCAUAUAGCAAACCUUGAUUUUCGAUAUGACAUUCAAUCCUCUUUCGUUGAACUGAUUAAAAGCUUAAUAUUGGAUGACGGGAUUCGAAUUGCGGAUGUAUUGCCAUCUGUUAUACCUUAUAUUAUUACAAAUUAUGAGAAUAGUGCUCUAAUGCAGGAUGUUUACCAGUCUCGCCUAGCUGAGCAGAUAGAAAACGAUCGAUUGUUAAGAGUACUUUUAAAAUUCGAAUUCCUGGAUGAUCGGCCUGAGUUUCUCGAAGACCCAGAUUGGUUUCCAUGUGGGCGCUUUUGGAUCAUUCGCUUAUUCAGAAAAUAUAUGUUUCGUGUUAAGCAAUAUUCCAGAGGCGAUGGGCAUCCAAUAAAAUCUCAAUUGCUUGAUGCAUCCAAACUACCUGAACGAAAUAUUGACCUAUCUCACCUUCUACAAUGCUUGAACAAGCUGGAUGCCGGAAUAGAGGAAAAAUUACUUUUAGAAGAUUCUUGCAACCGCAUAAUAGUCAGUUACAAAGAUGUGAAAACAGCGAUCAAUACUGCGUUUAUGGAACUGGAAUAUCGUGUCUCUAAUAAUGUUAGUAUAAAAAAAUAA